CGGAAAACCACGAACAAUCUUCGCGGACGCUCGUUCGUUUGUUCAGUGUGGCGGGCGCGGCCAUAUUGGUAGUACGUGAAAGAGGGAACCGAAUUGUGUGAAUAAGUGCCGUAAAGAAGAAUCCAAAAUCAUCCGAAAAUGUCUGAAAGGGAGGAUAAUGUGUACAAGGCUAAACUGGCCGAACAAGCGGAGCGAUACGAUGAAAUGGUCGAGGCGAUGAAAAAGGUGGCGAAUUUGGACGUGGAUCUGACGGUGGAGGAGCGCAACCUCCUCUCUGUGGCCUAUAAAAACGUGAUCGGCGCGCGGCGCGCUUCCUGGCGGAUAAUUUCGUCGAUCGAACAGAAAGAGGAAGCGCAAGGGAGGGACGAGAAGCUCGAAAUGAUCCGGCCAUACAGGCAACAGGUGGAGAAGGAGCUGCGCGACAUCUGCUCGGACAUACUGAGCGUACUGGACAAGCACCUGAUACCGUCCGCGUCGACAGGCGAAUCGAAGGUGUUCUACUACAAAAUGAAGGGCGACUAUCACCGCUACCUUGCCGAGUUCGCGACCGGCGUCGACCGCAAGGAGGCCGCCGAACACUCCCUGGUGGCCUACAAGUCGGCCAGCGACAUCGCGAUGGUCGAGCUGCCGCCCACGCACCCCAUCAGGCUCGGCCUCGCCCUCAACUUUUCCGUCUUCUAUUACGAAAUCCUAAACAGUCCGGACAGGGCGUGUCGGCUGGCCAAGGCAGCGUUCGACGACGCCAUUGCCGAACUGGACACACUGUCGGAGGAAAGCUACAAGGACAGCACACUGAUCAUGCAGCUGCUAAGGGACAAUCUGACGCUGUGGACGAGCGACAUGCAGGGCGACGGCGAGGCCGAACCCAAAGAGCAGCUGCAGGACGUCGAGGACCAAGACGUGUCAUAACUUUAAUAGGGCGGUGUGUGUAAUAUCGUCGUCGUUAAACGCGUAUCAGUAAACGGAACUGUUUCGAGUGACGCGUAAGCGCCGGGGGGGUCGUCUCGCCCCGUGCGCCCCCACCCCCCCCUUCUCGGACGUUGGAACGCGGGCGGGAGCUCGGAGGGCACGACGAAUAACUUCGCCGCCCCCGAAGCCUCCCCCUCCCAGUACAUACUGUAUUAUUAUUAUUAUUAUUAAUAUUAUUAAUAGCUGUAAUAAUCUAUUUUACUUAUUAGAGGCGCCGGCCCCGUCCCCACCUGCCCUACGCGUAGGUCCGACGGCGACGACGACAGAUGGCGCAAGGGUAGAGCGGAGACCGGACCGGCCGCGUCGCGCACGGUUUGGGCGUGGCCGAAUGGGUGAGUGAGCGCAUGCGCGAAUGGGCGGAGCGAAUGUGGCCGUUUUUAUUUAAUCUUUUCGAUUCUUUCUGAUUUUUUCUCUCGUCGUCGUCGUCGUCUCGCUUGCUACAAGUACAAGAGGUGUGAACUGCCCCACGCUCGAAAGAGGUGAACAAAGAAUUGCCAUUUUUAGAGAUGCGUUGGUAUCUGCAAAUCUCGGUGGGGAUGUCUGUCGUUUUCCUUUUCUCAGUAUUUUUGAACAGAUGUUUUUUAAUUUUUUUGAGCCUAAAACACAUUAAGAACACUGGCCUCGAGGUUGGUAGGUCGAAAUUUGAGAAAAUAUUAGAUGUUGGAUUUAAAAAUCGGUCGUAAUGAAAAUAAUCCGCACUUUUUUUUGGUUAGCUUUUCGUGUGUGCGGCAGUUUAUUUAUGCAAACUUUUGUCUUUCCUCUGGAAGCCCCGAGCUGCUCGCGCUUUACAGCAACGAACCUUUCAAAACUGUCGCGCGUCUAUGGGACUCGGGAAAGGGGGACAGCGAUAGCAUAGGAGUCGCCUCACUUUGAAGUAAUAACUAGAAUUAAAAAACCCGUUUCUAUAUUUCGUACGAGAGCGGCGUUCUUUUGUCUCCUUCCCGCCUCCGCGUUCCUUUCAGUAUUUUUAUUGCUACGUUUUCCUCUUCUUUUUUUCAUAUAUUCGAAAUGGAAGUCUGGCGGUGUGUAAAGACGGGGUAUCGGCAUUCCUUUUAGCAUUUGCGUCGUUUUUCAUUAUCUUUUAAAAUUCGUUUCUUCGUUUGUACUUAAUAGUAUGCAGAGUCAGGCUUUGCGCGAAUGGUGUUCGAAAAAAAAAUAGGCCAGGAGGGCGCUGGUCGCGGAGUAACCGGGGUGUGUUGGGGGCCGCGUCGGAAUCUCGACAGCGCAGGCGUGGCCCCGCCGACGCCAUCUGUCGGCUGCCCGCGGUUUGCGUUUUUCUCUUUUUUUUAUGUAUGAAUGUAAACAAUGCUGUGUAGAUUGAUAUAAAGAAUUGAUGUAUUAUUAUAAAAAAAAU